AUGGCUAUCUAUUCCAAUAUUGGCAAUGUCUGGAGGAACCUGGAGGAAAACGGCUAUGCCCUUGAAAAUUUUGAAUUGGCCCGGAAGAUAGCCGUCCGUAAAAAAGACACCAUUAAUAUCGGCCUGACCUGUCAGGGCAUUGGCAGUAUCUAUGAUAAGCAGCGGCAAUGGGCAAUGGCUGAAUCGUACUACCAACAGGCACUAGACAUAUUCAGCCGGAAAGCAAUGAGGGAAGAAGAGGUGAUUACAACGACCAGCCUUGCCAUGCUGUCUGAAAGCAAAGGGGAAUAUGCAAAGGCGCUGGAUUACCUGGACAAAGCCAUGAAACUGACAGACACGGUUGAAAUGACGGCACUCACUAUUCUGGCACCUCAUAUGACCUUAGGCUCCGUUUACCUGAACCUGAAGGAAUACCAUAAAGCGAAACCGAUAUUACUGGAUGCGCUGGCCAAAGCCAAGGCGAUGGGCAACCGUGAUCUGUUGCAAUCGUUAGAAAAAAAAGUGGGAGAUAUGUAUGCAGGAUCCGGCAGUUACCAGGAAGCAUAUGAGCAUCUGUCCCGGCAUACAAUGAUCAAGGAUUCUCUUUUAAUGCAGGAAAAAGCACAGGCCCUGGAGGCGCUGAUCAACUCCCGGAUUGCCGUAAAAGACAAAGCCAUGCUGGCCCAGCAAUUGCAUAUCACCAGGCAGAAAGGCCAGUUGCAGCAAAAGAAUUUCUGGAUCGGCGGUACCGUAUUGGGAGCGUUACUGCUGCUAUUCGUUAGUGUUGCCGUUGUACGUAACUACCGGCAGCAACAAACCAUUCAGCAGGCAGUCAUUCGCCAGAUGCAGCAAAGGCAGGAGAUCAACCAGCUAAAGGCACAGAUGCGCGGAGAAGAACAGGAACGGCAGCGGAUUGCUCAUGACUUGCACGAUAGCAUCGCCAGCCAGUUAUGGGCCAUCAAGCUCAACGUAGACAAUAUGCGCCAAUCGGGCGGUACAGACGUACAAGACAAAAACAUGGGCAUCCUGUUUCAACAGCUUACCGAUGCCGCCCGGGAUGUGCGUAAUACCGCUCACAACCUCAUGCCUGACCUAUUACUAGAAGACGGCCUGGCCGCUGCCCUGGCCUCGGUAUGCAACAAGACGGGUAAGACGGUACCGCUGGAGGUAGACUUUCAGGAAUAUGGUAUCGUGCCCCGGCUGGAUAAAGAGAUUGAACGCUCUAUUUACAGGAUGGUGCAGGAGCUGAUCCAGAAUGUAUUAAAACACGCCGUAAAUGCGACUCAGCUGUUGGUACAACUCAGCUGCGUGGAUGCGUUGCUGAAUAUAACGGUAGAAGACAAUGGUACCGGCUUUAAAGAAGGAUAUAAAGAAGGCAUAGGCCUGCAGCAGAUCAGGAGAAGGGUAAUAACACUGAAAGGCCACUUCGACCUGCAAAGCAGGCCGGGACAGGGUUCUACGGCCUACCUUGAAUUUGAUCUCCAACACCUGCUUUGA